GUUGGGGUCCCUCUCCGGGGGCACCCAGCUCGAGCUGUCAUUUGCCACUGUACUGCUUAUAGCAAACGAGUUUGUAAUACUCGCGUCUGAGCCUCUGCUCCGGGAAGCCUAGGGUCAGAGACCUUCCUUAACAGUCAGAGCCCAUAUAUAGAAGUGCAGAGAGCUCCCAGGAUCAAUGCUUAGCUGCGGGGCCCCUUUCAUUGGAGGAGAAGUAUGAGAGAUUGCCAUGUGGUUACUAGCAUCGCUCCUUGAGCUAAAAACAUUGCUCGCCGAAGAAAAUGCAAGAUCUGUUAAUAAUGAUUCACUUCCCCUUACCACUGCUCAUUACCCCUCUGUGGCAUUUGUGGUUUUGAUUCAAGUUUCUGUGUUUUUCCUUUCCACUGACAAAACUGCAAGCUGCGAACAACAGAAAGCAGAAGGAAAUACUGAACACACCAGCAGGCGAACGAGCUGAGGUAUGUAAUACUUCUCAUUUAUCUUGGAGCCAUCUCCGGACCUUAGCUGCCUGAUGAACAUCUCUGGGCUGGACAGAAAGACCGAGGGCCCUACCCCAGACCAUGAAUAUUUCUGAGAUGGCACUAAAUGACAGCUUCACUAACAGCUCACCCAACUGUACAGUUGAUGGCUUCAAGCAAGCUGUUUAUCCUGCCACGUAUCUCACUAUCUUUUUCCUGGGUGCUGUUGGAAACGGCCUCUCCAUAUAUGUCUUCUUCCGGCAUUCCCAGAGAAAGACCUCGGUAAACAUCUACAUGCAGAACUUGGCCAUUUCGGAUCUCAUGUUUGUAAGCACUUUGCCCUUUCGGGCCACCUAUUUCCUGUUGGGCUCACGCUGGAUAUUUGGUGAAGUCCUUUGCAGGAUCAUGACUUACACCUUGUACGUUAACAUGUAUUGCAGCAUUUAUUUUCUCACCGUGCUGAGUGUGGUUCGUUUCAUAGCCAUCGUCUACCCGUUCAAGCACUGGAAAGUAACUAACAUUAAGUAUGGCAAGAUAACAUGCACAGUGAUAUGGUUCUUCGUACUGGCAGCCUCCAGCCCGCUGUUGAGCAAGGAAAUCGCUGGGUACAGCCACCCAGCCAAGUGCUUGGACCUCCCCCCAGCCAACACACACAAGCUCUUCCUGAUGAACAACAUCGUCCUUGUGGUGGGCUUCAUCCUGCCAUUCUGCAUCAUUAUCAUCUGCUACGUCUUUGCCAUCAAAGCGCUGCUCAAGACCAAGACGCCUCAGCAAAAAAAGGCAGUCUGUCACAAGAAGGCACUGUUGACCAUCAUCAUCACUCUGAUCCUGUUCCUUCUGUGCUUCCUGCCGUAUCACAUACUGCGAACUGUGCACCUGAGGCACCAUGAGUGCCACCAGGACAACCUGUCUUUGCACAAGGCGGCGGUCAUCACUCUCUGCCUGGCUGCCAUGAACAGUUGCCUUGAUCCUGUGCUCUACUACUUUGUUGCUGAAAACUUCAAAGUGCAAAUCAGACGUUUAUACUGCAAGUAGCUGGUCCAGAAUUGCAAAAUUAUACAUAUGCGCUCUGGACAGGACGUCUAGACUGUGUCCAAAUUGUUAAAGAAAAGCGGCCGUGUGGUGCUGGCUAGCCUGGAGCCACACGGCUCAGUGCCAGGCCCUGCUGGAGCAAAAGUGUCUUGAAGAGAGCUCAUUGGGGCCAUCCAAAACCAAGACAGGUGCACACUAACAUUAAGCAGCAUGGAUGAUCAGAGGUCAGGUGCCUGGGCAAAGUCCCUAGUCCUCUUUUAUUUAGCAGUGCAGAUAUGCCUCCGGUGCUCACCCUUAUCAAGGCACAGAACUGAAAGAGCAGUACUCUUUUCUCAGCGUUGCCACCAAUUUGUCUUGUUACCAGAGUAUUUUAUUUCACCUUACUCACCUGUGAUUUGAAGGGAAACUGUUCAUCGAACUGUCUUGGUGUCUUUGCGCUCCAUUUCCCUGUAUGUGUAGAAGUGCACAUUUCGGAUGCUUCAUGGUGCUCUGCCAGUUCUCUUUGCAAACAUUGGCCAAAGGUUUGCAUAUCACAGAAAUAUAAGGCAUUACUAAUAUUUUCUGCUGAGUCGGACUUGCAUAGCAGGCAGAGAGCCAAAGAGGACCCAGCAAUGGCUCAGGCCAUUCAGAAAGCAUUAACACUUCUAGAUUUUCCACUCCGAGGUAUUUUUUUUAAUGUUUCAUUGAUUAUCAAGUGAAACAAUGAUUUCAAGCAAGCAAUUUCAGUACUGCAAUGAUACAAGUAAUGUGACCAUUGAAACCAAAGGCGGGAUAUUGGCUCAUGCGCAUGGAGCUGCACCCUGUGUCACUUUGUGUGCUCUCUGAUCCCUUUGAGGCCAUCACAAAACUUGUUUUCAUGCUCAGUGUUGCCCAUGCUUUUCUGAAAACCAGGCACUUGAGGUUACGCAACUCAGUCCAUAUGUAGGGACCCAGAGCCAGUCUUUUAAAAAUAUCUAGACCCAGGCAGGCAGCUAGUAGGACAUUUGGCAGCACAGCCUUAGGGAGUGGUUUCCAGUCUCACAGCAAACUGCUGCCAAAGAGAUGUCCCUAAUCCCUCACCUCCUGUCUGCUCCAAUCAGAAAACCGUUCCCUUUCUCAUAGGAUUAAACUUCCAGCUGUCUGACAUCAAACAGGAGCAAUGCAGCAGGAAAAAACAGGUAGCCAGGAGCAGGAGGAAAGAUGGGCGGCAGAGGAGGAGGAGUGCUGUUUUAGAAAGCAGCAGGGAGCUCCACCUGUGCAGGCUUUGGAAAAUCUUACCAAAAGGCUGUCUGCGUUUUUAAACCCCUGAAUAUUUUCUAAAAUGCAUGUCCACCAAAUCAGGCCACUUGCAGUUGAGUGCACUCAAGGUCCAAAUUCAGUUUGAGCACGUUUGGAUUUUUUUUUAAAUGGCCCCCUUUUUUAAAUAAAAACAUGCUUGGAUUUUUUUAGCUUGAAGAUUUGUCAUAUUUGUGAGGAAAAUAGCCUGUCUCAUAUGAAGACUGGAUAUAAUGAUGAAAAAUUGCGCUCCCUGUGGAAUCCCCCCAGGAGAAGGUUUCUCUCAGUGAAGAUAUGUUUUCAGUGCUCUGAACUUUUUUGGAGAAAAUACAACCAACUAUUUUCAACUCUGUCUGAAAUAUAAGGAAAACAAAUCAUUGAUGGCCAGGUGGAAAAGUACUCAGCAUGUCGCUGGGAAAGUCACAUUUUUCUAGGCUACCCAAGGGUCAGCUUCAGUUGAAGAGUCAAUCUGUUUCAGUUAUUCUAUGCUGUCUUUGAUAUAAGCACAGACUUGUAUCAUAAGUCUUCACUAAUGUUUAUUUUCCAAAUCAUCAUUUCAAGAAUUUAGAUAGACUUAUUUUAUGU